UUUAAGCACAAUCCUUCUUCCUGGCCUGUACACACGUACUUGUUUAUGUCAACUACCUAGAUAUUGUAAAUUUCAUAGUGUUGAGGGACUACAUCUUUGUAUAAUUUGAUAACAAUACAAAAUAAUGGAGUCAUUUUUGAAGAGAAGAUGCUUUGUGAUUGUUUUGGCAUUGUAUAUAUUUAUACAUUGCUCAAAUGGUAAAUCCUGUUCAGUCUCUGAUUGGAUGGACGAGCUAUUCAUUCCACAGUUUGAGUUCUGUGGAUUAAAUAACAUAGUUUUCAGAGGAACUGUCCAGAAAAGUUUCUUCACAGGAGCCAACAAAAAAAUGUAUGACAUUCGAAUAAAUGAAGUUUUUAAGAGACCGAAGGAAGUCACUAUAUUUGCCAAUUACACAGAUGUUGUCCCUGGUGCUCUAGUUACGUUUUGGACAGAUUACAAUACUAGAGUCAAGUGCACCGUAGAUCUGGAGAAUCAAGUUGAUUACUACAUUUUCACGAUGUAUGGACGAGUGCCUGGUGAGCCACAGGAAUUAACAAGACGUGACUGGAUUGUACCAUUUAACAACUUCACAGAAACACAGAAACGUGGUUUCCGUGGCCUUUACGACUGUGACGGAUGCGGGGGAUUUAAUACUGGUUUUAAGAAAUGUGACCGACGACUUGCUAACGACUGUUACAAAGCCAACGCUGUGUGUGAAAGAGAUAGUGGACUUGAAUGCAAAUGGCGACUUAUUGAACCAUGUCAAUGAUGUUCAAAGUUUUGCAUUCUCUGUAUUGGUGUUUGCAUUGUUGCUUUUGUUUGUAGUAUAAUACUACUUAUCAUUAAUAACACAAUCAUACGGGAAUGCGUU